GUCAUUUGGACCGACAGAGCUUGAGGAGCUGUUGUGUCGUGAAGUAAGGAGCAAAUUGGACAAACAUAACACACUGAAACGUCGAGAGCAGGGAAGUGCGUAGGUGGAUCCUGCACAUGUAGUAGAUGAUCAACACACACAUCCUGAAGGCUUCACCACCAAAAUGCCAGAGUCCUCCCUGGAAGUCAAGGACACUGGCACCGGCUCCGUUGAAUGUAGAGCAUCCCCCUUGAGGCAGUUUAGCCAAUCAUUGCUGCCACUGCACAGAAGCACUCACAUGCUCAGUUCCUUCUGCACAGAGCACAACGUACAAGAAUGUCUAUCGCACAUCAAUCAGGAGGUGUCAUCACUUGGCCUGCCUCCAGUUUGGACAGAGUCAGACAGCAGCUCAGAGAUGAAUGUUGUGGCGGUGCUAAACUGCAUGUAUGACCUGAUUCAGUUACAUCGCAGAGGCCUCAGAACUCUGGAAAACAUGGAAAUAGAACAGCUGAAGUCCAGCAGCAAUGUGGACUACCUACAGCUCACCAGCACCAGACUAAAAGAGCAGCUUGAACAAUGCAAAAGAGAAAACACAACGUUACUUGAAAGAGAACGACAGCUGCAGAUGAAAAUGAAGAGUUUACAAAACUGCCUGAAAAAUGAAAAAGAAGAGGUCCAAAAACUUCAGAACAUAAUUGCAAGUCGUGCCAGCCAGUACAAUCACGAGAUGAAAAGGAAAGAACGAGAAUUUAACAAAUUGAAGGAGCGUUUGAACCAACUUCUGGUUGACAAAAAGGAGAAGAAACAAGCUAUUGAUGUGUUAAACAACAUUGGAAGAGCUGAUGGGAAGAGAAGUCUGUGGAAAACUGAAAAGACAGAAGCAAAGCAUGAAGGGGAGAUGUAUAAGACUUUGCUGAGUGACUAUGAUGCCCGACAAAAGGAACUGCUGCUGGAAAAUGCAGAGUUAAACAAAGUUCUGCAGCACAUGAAAAAAGACAUGGUGACAAUUCUCAGAGCAAAAAAAUCAACAGCAAAAAGUGAUGAGCAUCAGGAAGAAAGCUUACAGGCUGACUCUGAGGAGGAUGAGGAAGUGUUUGAUUCCAGUAAAGAAAGUGUUGACCAAUAUUGUGUUCACGCCCGGGAGAAGCUGACUCACAGUAUUCGCCUCCAGUGGAGAAGACUUAAAAGUCACAUGGAGAGACUGGACAGUCAAGCAUCUCUGGUUCAGAUGGGUGACAUUAAAAGCACGGAUGCUGUUUCUCGGGAGACACAUGAAGAGGAGAUGGAGAGACUUAAGGAAGAGAUUCAGCAGUGCAAAGAAUUCAUUCAAACACAACAGCAGCUUCUGCAUCAGCAGCUGAGCUCUCCUUGUGAUGAGGAGGCUGCAUCUCUGCUGAGCGACUGCUUCAUGCUGCAGGAGAAAGAGCGUCUCAGGGAGGAGUGGGAGACUCUUGAGGAACAAAGGAAAAUCUUUGAGAAGGAGAGAAAAAACUUCACUGAAGCAGCCAUAAGACUUAGCCAUGAGAGGAAGGCCUUCGAGGAUGAUCGAGCAAUGUGGCUCAAACACCAGUUUUUAAACAUGAGUCCAUUUUCUGAGUCAAAAAAAGCCCCGAUGUCAAAGUCUAAAAGUGCCUAUGUACUAUCUGAAACAAAGGUGAGUGCAGCGUCAGCUCAAAGGAAGCUCAUAAAAUGCCCGUCUGAAUCAUCCUCCCCCUCGUCUAGAUUUGUUCCUCACAAAUCAAAAUCCACGGCUGACCUGUAUCACACACUCUGCCUUAUUCCUGAAAACAGUUCAACCAAAGCAAAGAGAAAGACUGAACGCAUCGCAGAAUCAAGCAUCUUUUUGAAUGGAAGUGCUGGGGUCCAGUUUAAAAAGCGGAACGAAAGUGAAGACUAGAGCAGAUAUGCUCAGGAAGGAAAUGACCAGCUCAAUAUGAAGCCAAAACCUGCAUCUUUAAAUCAGAAUUCCCAUAAAUGAUCAUUAAUCAUGGAUUAUUUGCAGAUUUUCAGAAACAUGCCUGUAUUGUGAAUGCCAAACACUAGAGGACAGACUGCAAAAUGAUCAUAGCUGUUAAAAGCGGAAGCCAGGAUGAGUUGUGAAUAGCUGCUCUGCAUACUGUAACUGUUUAUUUUUCAAUAUCUUUCUGUUCUGUUUUUAGAUGCUACGUGUAACUUAUUUAUUAAUUUGGUACUGUAAAUUUUGUUUUGUAGUCAUAUCUUUUGUCCAUGGCUUGACCUGAUUUUGACAUCUCUUUUUUGGUCUUGAUGCUAGCUGUUGCAGUAAACCUGCCUACAUUUACCAUAUUAUAUAUAUCACAGCUUUAUAACUUUUGCACCAUGGUAAACAGUGCACCCUCGGAUUUUACCAGUAGAUUUAACGCUGCUGUUCAACUGAAUGCAAUAAGAUACUUGGUCAUGUAAUGUUUCUCCAGUUCAACAUAGACAUGGAGGAGAACAUUAUCGGCUGGUAACUGAUGCAGUUGUGCUAGUGGGUUAGAUGUAAGAUGUUGUAGUUGAAUAAGGCUUUAAAAUUUCUCACAUAUCACACACUAUUCAGCAACAAAGUAGCCUACUCUGAUAUGUAUGUUUUAAUCUUUCACCAUGUUUUGAAUGAAUGGGUUUAUUGUACUAGUGUUAUUUACACAUUUGGUUGAAUCUUAACCAGAGGAUUGUGACAUGUGUGUAAGACAAUCUUUUAUUCUUGGAAACAUUUACUAUACACUCUUUAAACAAACAUCUCUAGA